AUGCCAAUGAAUUUGUUGGCCCAAAACGUUGCCGCCAACGCGGACUCGGACAGCGAAACGGCAACGGGCGGCGGCGUCGGCGGGGGCGGGGGCGGGGGCGGGGACUGCUGUCACAUGGAGGAACAGGUACCGUUGGUUGACAGUCGACGUAAUCUGGCCAAAAUAGUCGCCGAUUGUCGCCUGCAAAUCGAUGUGCAGCCAAUUGCAGCAGCAACAACAGCAGCAGCAACAGCAACUGUUGCAGCUGCACCGACAGCAGCAGCAACUAGUACAAUUUGCAGCGGCUCAUCAUCAGGCAGCUCGUCCAGCUCAAACUCCUCCACAAUAUCCACGGAUUUUACGCACAACUCACAAACGAUAUUGCCGAGCGCGGAAAAUCUGUCUGCAUCGAAACUGGCCAAAACUUGCAUUUUAGCUGAUGCCCAAAGUGCGGCUCAGACAACUUCGUUGACAUUUCCCUUUAUAAACGCUGCAAAGCAACAACAACAGCCAAUUGCACAGCAACAACAAGUACAACAACAACAACAACAGCAGCAACAACCAACAAUACAGUUGACAUUUCAGAACUUAAACGUGUUGCAAAACGAACGCAAAAUACUUUCCGAUGUGAGUGGAUUAGUCAGUCCCGGCGAGGUCCUGGCCAUCAUGGGACCCUCGGGCAGCGGCAAAACAACGCUUCUGGACUGCCUCAGCGGGCAGCGGCACUUUGACAGCGGCAGCGUCUAUCUGAAUCGCGAACCGCUCUCGAAACGCUGGCGCCGCAAAAUUGGCUAUGUGCUGCAGGAGGAGAUCUUCUUCACGCAGCUCACGUUGCGCGAGACCGUCAUGUAUACGGCGCUGCUGCGGCUGCCCGAGUCGAUGCCGCGCGCCGAGAAGCUGCGUCUCGUCGACCACAUACUGGACACCCUGGAGCUGAGCUGCUGUCAGCAGACCAAGUUUGGCGAUUAUCUGAAUCGUGGGCUCUCCGGCGGCGAGAAGAAACGCGCCAAUAUCGCCUGCGAACUGUUGACCAAUCCGCUGCUCAUGCUGCUUGAUGAACCCACCUCUGGGCUGGAUAGCCACUCGGCCAUAUCGCUGAUGAAGGUGCUGAAGCGCUACGCACAGCUGGAGCAGAAGACAAUUGUGAUAAGCGUGCAUCAGCCGUCGUCGCAGAUGUUUCACAUGUUUGAUAAGCUGCUGCUGCUGCAUCAGGGACGCACCGCCUACUUUGGCGAGGUGAACAACAUCUACAGGCACUUUGAGGAUAUUGGGGUGACCAUCAAGCCGCACUACAAUCCCGCCGACUUUGUGUUGGAGCAGUUGAAAUCGCAUCCGGAUAUUCGCGAGAAGCUGUUUAUAGCCGCCAGGGAAUCUCAUGGCAACUAUUUGAAUCGCAAUUGCAUUAGCAGCCAGGACAAGGCCAAGCAACAGCACGACACCAUACUGAUCAACGACAUCAUCAACAACUACUACAACCAACGACAUCACCAACAUCAUCAUCACCAACAGCAUCAUCAUCAUCAUCAAUAUGCUAAUUUACAUCACACGGCGAAUGGCUGCGAGGCCGAUGAAGAGGCUGCUCAACAUUUGGUCUGGUGCGGCGCCGAUUCGCAAUCAAAUUUCAGUUCCUGUGCCUCCAGUGAUUGCCAGUCGUAUCGUGCCGGCAAGAGUUCUGCCAACGAAGAGGAUUGGCUCUCCUAUCCGACACGCUUCCAUACACAGUUCACUGUGCUGUCCAGUCGCAACUUUAAGGAAGCCAAGCCACGCAUGCUGUCCAAAUUGAACUGGUUCCAAACAAUUGGCCUGGCGCUGAUGGCGGGCGCCAUUUGGUUUCAGCUGCCGCGCACCGAGGAGUUCCUCCAUGAUCUGCAGGGCUGGAUGUUCUUCUCGCAAACCUAUUGGAUGCUCUUUGCGCUCUUCGGUGCACUCAAUUCAUUUCCUUCGGAACGCGAGGUCAUCAGCAAGGAGCGCCGUUCUGGUGCCUAUCGCCUCUCUGCCUACUACCUGGCCAAAAUGUGCGCAGAGCUGCCGCUGGUGAUAACGUUGCCCACUGUCUACCUCAUGAUCAGCUAUCCCAUGCUGGGCUGUAGCAGCGUGAAGCUCUUCUUCCUGAUGCUCAUCUUUUUGCUGCUGAAUACGAUUGUGGCGCAAAGCGUUGGCUUCUUCAUUGGCGCCUGUUGCAUGGACAUGAAUGUGAGCAUUACGCUCAGUGCACUCUAUACGCUUGCCACACAGCUCUUUGGCGGUUAUUUAUCGUCACGCAUUCCGGAAGGUCUCAGCUGGAUACGCUACACAUCGAUGAUACACUAUGCAUACCAGAAUAUGCAAAUACUCGAGUUUCGCGAGGGACCAGCUAUUAGCUGUGGAUCGUCGAGCAGCUAUGAGAUAUGCAAACAACAGACAACCGAAUUCAUUCCAUAUGAGGAAAUACUCAAAGCACAAAACUCCACAUCGCCACUCUGGCUGAAUACGCUCAUACUGAUGAUGUUCUUUCUGGUAUUUCGCGGCCUGGGCUAUGCGGUGUUGCGCUAUCUGCGCUGCCCCAAAAAGACGUGAUAAACCUGACAACGAACCAGUGAUACGUAAUUAGUGUAGCAUGUGUUAAUCCUAUAUUAAAUCCACCAAACUAAUUAAUAUCCCUACAUGUUGAACAAAUAUCGAAACGUGCGCCCAAUUUUGUGAUUCAA